GUGUGUGUAAAUGAAAUAAAUUGUACAUUUGUUGAUGUGGUUGAGAAUAAUUUUCCAAACGUUUGGCAAAACUGAUUUAUAGUACACCGAAGAUGUUGCAAAAUGAUAGUUUUCCUAGAGGUGGGAAAAAAAUUGUUGCCGUUGAACAAAUUAAACGUAAACGUGAAGAUAAUCUUUUUCGAGUUGACGAUUAUCAAAAAGCAAAAAAAGUAAAAGUUAAACAACCCAAAGAAGAUUCAAGCAGAAACCAAGCAUGGCACAUGUCACUGAAACCACAAGGAACCCUUAGUUACAAUAAAAUACAAGAAGAUAUGUUACUUUUGAGUUGUGUAAGGCAUGUUUCAAAUCUAGCCGUGCAGAUUGAAUUUUCUGGUCUUACAUUUGGCCUAGUUACAAUUAACGCAAUUUCAGACACAUUCACUAAAAAUUUAUCUAGCUGUUUGAAAACAGGAGACAAUGAGUCAUAUGCUUUGUCUGUGAGAAAUGUGGUUAAAAUUGGUCAGCUAAUGCCAGCAAAAAUUAUUUCAAUUAAGAAAACAGAAAAAGGCCAUGAAGUUCAAGCUACUGUUAAUCCAACAGCUAUAAAUUCAGAGAGAGUGCAUAAAGCUUUUAAAAAAGGUGAACUUGUGUGGGCAAAUAUUGUAUCAGAACUUGAUCAUGGUUAUGAAUUAACAGUGGGUGUAGAAAACUGCAGAGUGUUUCUACCUUUUAAGAACAUUGAUAAAGGACAAAAAUAUGAUGUUGGUGAACCAUUAUAUUGUGUAAUUCAUAAAAUUGAUGAGUCCAAUGUUGCCACUACUUUAACUGUGAGUGCUAAACAAGAACACGUCAGUAAAAUUCAACCAAAUGAUUUAAGUUUAAAUCAUCUCAUUCCUGGCAUGAAAGUUGAGUUAUUAAUUGAAGAGGUAACACCACAAGGCAUCAGAGGUCAAUUUUUUGAGAACUGUUUUGGAUACAUUGACGAGACUCAAUUUUCUAAAGUAAAUGCAGCGACUUUAAAAGAGGGUACUACUGUAGAUGCUUAUGUUUUGUUUGUUGAACCCAUAACAAAAGUAACUUACCUUACAUUACGUGGACUUGGAAAUUUAACUGAACCUAAAUUUGAACUGGGAAAAAUAGUUUCCGCGAAGAUUCUACGAAUCGUACCUAAAGGUUUAUACAUUCAGUUAGGGAAAAAUGAAAUAGGAUUUGUUACCAAUAAACGUUUGUUAAAGACAUUGCCCAAAGAAAAACAGUUUGAUAUUGUUCAAGCAGUUCGAAGCAGGUAUCAUAUUGGAAAACAAUAUGAUUGUCGAAUAUUAGAUUACAAUUACAUGGAACAGUUGUAUAUCUGCACAUUUGAAAAACAAUUAAUCAAAGAACCAAACUUCAGUGCUAAAGAUUUAGCCAUUGGACAGUGUGUUAAACUCAUUGUUGAUAAAAUUGUUCCCAAAGGAUUAAUUGUCAAAACUGGCCACGUGCAAGGUUUUGUGCCCAAUAUGCAUGUGUCUAAUGUACAGUACAGCGAAAAUUUGAAAGCGAAAUUUUCAGUUGGGAUGCAUGUUGAUGGGAGAAUAUUAAAUAUUACAACUGAAGGCAAUGUGAUAUUCACUUUAAAGCAAGGUCUAUUAGAUUCUGAAAAGUGUUUAUCAAAACCAGAAGAUGCAGUGCCUAAAUCUCAACACGUUGGAUUUGUAGUUCAAACAAAGAUAUCUGGGGCGUUAAUUUCUUUUUAUGGCGAUAUUAAAGGCUGGAUUAGUAAUAAAACGUUAAAUUCUGAAAAUUCUGGACGGUAUGUGGAUCCACGGGAAUAUUUUUUUAUUGGACAAGUGGUGUCGGUAUGGAUUUUAGGCUUUAAAAACGAUAAACUUCAACUAUCUUUAAAUGCUCCAAAUGACACAGUGAACCUGGAAGAAGCACAAAAGAACAUUGCAGUUGGUGAAUUUUUAAAUGGUACUGUAGUUAAGAUUCAUUCUGAAGGAUUGAAGCUAAAAGUGGGACAAGAAAAAAUUGAAGCUUUUAUUCCCACAAACCACUUGAGUAACAAUUUACAUUUGUGUCAAAUUUUACAGAAAACCUAUCAAGAGAGAGAUAAAAUUAAUAGUUUGUUGUGUAUUAAUAAUCGAAACUCUGCUCCAAUAAUGAGUAGGAGGGAGUCUCUAGCGUACAAAAAGCAUUCGCUUAAAACAUAUAAACUACGCCAAUUGAAAAAAAAUAUGAUUUUAAGAUGCUCAUUUGAAGAAAAUUCUCAAACUGGGAUUUACGUCUCAGCCCCUAUAAAAGAUUAUUCUGAAAAAAUAUUUAUCCCAACAGAAAAUAUUUGCAAUAGUGAAGAGUCUUUACCACAAUUUGAGAAACAGCAGCAUAUUCUUACAAAAGUUUUGAACGUGGAUUUGGACUUACCAAAAAUUGAUUUGUCAGUUUUAUCAAAUGAUUCAUCAAAUACAAGCCCGGAGGAUGUGUUGAAGUCAUUUGUAGAAACUUUAGAAGAAAUUAAACACAUUAGCGACUUGUAUCACAAGAAAAGUUCAAAGCUCACUAAACAUAAAAUCGGAAGUCCAGUGAAGUGCAAAAUACAGAAUAUUGAUUUAAAUGGAACUUGUUAUGUAACGUUAGCCAAUGAUACAGAAGGAGUAAUUCCUAAGCACUUAAAACCAUCAAAUUGUGAAGUCGGAUCAGUCGUAGAAGGAGUUGUUCUAGAGCACAAUUUUUUGGAUAAUCUUGUUGAAAUAUGUGCCCUAAAUAGUAUAAAUCAAAAAAUAAACAAACUACAAGAUGGGGUUGUCAACAAAUCCUUCCAUUCAUCGUGCACAGCAAAAAUCUUAUUGAUUACAAAACCUUAUGUGAUCGGAGUUUUAAACGAUAAAUGUUGCAACAGGCAAUUAGUAUAUAUACCUCUAAGUUGUAUGACAAAUAUAUCAGAUUUGUGUACGGAUAAAUUGAAAGUUAUUAUUUACAGACGUCUUGGAAAUCGCAUUAUAGGUUUACCCAAAAAAUAUGUGCGUUCUUUGAAGAAAAAGACCGAGAAACAAUUAAUUCGCCGUGAAAGUAAACUAAAAAUAAUAAGAAAAGACACUGAAGAUAUUGUUACAGAUGAAGAUGAAGGUAUUAGUAGUAGUUCUGACAUAAUUAUUGAAACAAGUAGCGUGAACCAAAAUGAAAAAAGCAUUACAAAUGAAUACAGUAAACAGUUUCACAAUUCCGAGAACGGCAGCGACGAAGAGGCGCCCUUAACAUCCUCUACAGAUAAAAGUUAUAAAGAGACAAAUAGUGAACCGGUUUUAUCUGGAACCAAUGCAUUUUACAUAAUAAAUGAUGACAACAAAUUUGAAAGUGAGUCUUCUUCAGAAGAGGAAGAGAAUGAAGAAGUGAAAAACAGUAAAAAGAAAAAAAUGUCUGUAACUGAAAGAAGAGAAGCAGUUAAAAAAGAAGAGGAAAGAAUUGCAAAAAUAGAACAACAAUUGAUAGAUACUUCAAUUUCCCCCCAAAGUGCUGAACAGUUUGAUCGAAUGCUUUUAGCUAAUCCAAAUUCGUCAGAAUUAUGGUUGCAGUAUAUUUCAAUGCAUGUUGCGGCCACAGAGUUAGACAAAGCUAGAAGUGUUGGAAGACGAGCAAUAGAAACAAUUAACAUGACAUUGGUCAAAGAAAAGUUUAAUAUUUGGGUUGCGUUACUAAAUCUGGAAAAUAUGUAUGGGACAAAGGAGUCGUUUGAAAAAUUGUUUGAAGAAGCUGUAAAGUACAAUGAUUCAUUGGAGAUGUAUUUAAGUGUUAUAAAAGUACUUGCCGCUUCAGGAAAAUUGUUAGAAAUGGAGGAAAAAAUUAAAAAGCUAAGAUCCAAAGAAAAACAAAGCACACAAAUGUGGCUAGAAAUUGGUCGGGUAUACUAUUCUUUAAAUAAAUUUAGAGAGGCACGAAAUAUUAAAGAAGCUGCGCUUAAAUCUAUCUUAGAUAAAAAGAGACAAUUUGAUCUUCUGGUGCGUUUCGCAAUUUUGGAGUGUCAGCUUGGUGAUCAAGAAAACGCCAUAGCAAAUUUCGAGACUAUUUUGGGUAUGCAUCCAUCAAAAGUGAAUAUUUGGAUUAUUUACGUAGAUCAAAUGGUCAAACGAAAAAAUAUUGAGUUUGCAAGGAAAAUCCUUGAAAAAGCUGUUACACAAAAACUUGGUGUAAAAUUAAUGAAAAUUCUUUUUCAAAAAUUCAUUAACUUUGAAACACAACAUGGUACACCGGAAACAGUUGAAAAAGUAAAAAAUCUAGCAAAAGGAUACAUUACUACAUUAGGAGAAACGUAAUUUUUUCAUUAGGUGUUGUAAAUUAGAGUUAAUAAAAUGUUUUUAUUUUUCA